UGACAGCAGUUUGUGAAUUUCAGUUUGAAACUUUGCUCGGUGACAGACAGCCUGCCGGUCCUUCCUGGUCCCCGGUCUGCUCCCUUCACGCUCCCCUCGAAGGCGUGGAGCUCAGCGGCGCGUGCCGGCUCUUCAAAUCUGCCCAAAAGUUAUUGCACACACAUCUCCACGCGGCGUCCAAAGGUUCCCCCGCGCUGUCAGUUCAGGUUACUGGGUUUUCAAGAUGGCUGCUGCCUGGCAAAGUCUCGUGUCUGUGCACCAGAGGAUAGUGGACAACGGAGAUAAGAGGACAGAUCCAUGGCUCUUGGUCUAUUCCCCUGUGCCAGUGGCCAUCAUUUUCCUGGUUUACCUCUGUGUAGUCUGGGCCGGUCCUCGUCUGAUGAAGCACCGGCAGCCCGUUAACCUCAGGGUUGUUCUCAUUGUUUACAACUUUGCCAUGGUGGGCCUGUCUGCGUACAUGUUUUCUGAGUUCCUGCUCACAUCCUGGCUGUCUAACUACAGCCUCCUCUGUCAGCCUGUAGACUACAGCACCAGCCCACUGGCCAUGAGGAUGGCCAGCGUUUGCUGGUGGUUUUUCUUCUCUAAGGUCAUCGAGCUCAGUGACACGCUCUUCUUCAUCCUGAGGAAAAAGAACAAUCAGCUCACUUUCCUUCAUGUUUACCAUCACGGCACCAUGAUCUUCAACUGGUGGGCAGGAGUCAAGUACGUGGCCGGAGGACAGUCCUUCUUCAUCGGCCUCGUCAACACCUUCGUUCACAUCGUGAUGUAUUCCUACUAUGGCUUGGCUGCAAUUGGCCCUCACAUGCAGAAGUACCUGUGGUGGAAGCGCUACCUGACGUCACUGCAGCUGGUGCAGUUCAUGCUCUUCCUCCUGCACACGGGCUACAACCUGUUCACGGAGUGCGACUUCCCUGACUCCAUGAACAUGCUGGUUUUUGGUUACUGCAUUACCCUCAUCAUCCUGUUCAGCAACUUCUACUUUCAGAGCUACCUCAAGAAAAGGAAGGAAAAAUGAGCCCAAAAACACAUAACGAGCAAAGGCACGAUGAUGUGAGGAAGACGAUGUGGGCUGAAGAGAGUUUGAUAUGCAGUAUUGACCAGUGUCCACUAGAGGGCACAACACGCCCAUGGCAAGAAGUUUCAGAUUUAGU